AUGUCCACGUACGCUCUCCAAAGGGUGUCCGAACUUCUGAAGGACGACUCGACAUUUGAAAGAACCAGAGAGAUCAAAAGUCAGCUACAAAAGGAGAAGUCCACGGUCGAAUAUCAAUUGAAUAAGGAAUCGAAAAAGAGCCUGGACAGUGUCGUUGACAACCUGAAAAAAGUCCAACUCGCGCGUAAGAAUGUCCACAAUUUGAGGGACAAACUAGGAGAAAUCAACCGUCUGAGUCAGGAUAACAAAACUUCAAUUGAGCGCUAUGAAGUCAUAGACGAGGCCACUACUAUCCAUGAACUAAUUAAAAAAACCGACCUAAUCUACGACAAGAUCGUGGAAUUCAACGAUAUGCUCAAACGUGUCGACGAAUUGAUUGAUGUAGAGCUUUCUCGCGAUGCGCUGGAGAGUGGGGUACCCUCUUUGCUACAAAUACACUUUCUACUGACAAUGGCUCUAGAUUUCCGAGAUCAAACUACUGUUUUGGCACAGACGUUGACCGACGACGUUCAAAGAACCAUGCAACGUGUUUUCUUGGGAAUUUCUGAAGUGGUCAACAAAUUCAAUCAGCUUUUGGUGUCUUUAAUUUACGAUAUAGUGGAAGCAGUGAGGACUGGAAACCAAUCGCUUUUGAUUCGUCUUUUCAAGAUAAUUGAUCUGGAGGACCGAGAAGAUAUCAAGAUCGUUGCUACUCGAAAGAUUAUCGAAUCCAAAGAGCGGGAGUCAGAAGCCCGGAAAAUAAAGAAAUUGCCUAGCUCCUAUGGUAAAUUAGGCGGUCUGGAAGAUUCCGCUCAGCACGAAUAUCCCACUCCGGCCGCUUUAACGCGAGAAAUUAAGAGCGGUAUGAUCAGCUCCAGACUGCUUCCUCGUGAGUACAAAAAGUUCAUGUUUGACACUAUAAAGAAGUCCAUUGUUGAAAUGUUUGUUGAAGUCAGAAAGGAAUAUCAAGGUGAAAAGAGAUUUGAUGUAUUGCAGAACCUGGAUUGGGUGUUCAACGAAUUGAUGGUGGUGAAAGAACACAUCACGAAACUAUGUCCAGCUCACUGGCAAAUUUUCACGAGGUAUUAUGAGAUUUACUACGCUGAGCUCAACGCAUUGGUCACCGAGUUAGUGAACGCGGAGCCUGAGACUCUCAUAAUUCUUGAUAUUUUAGACUACGACAAGACUUUCCAAAACACAUUGAAAAAGGACUUUGGGUUCACAAAGGAUAAUGUCCAAAGCGUUAUCGGGGAGAAGGAAAAGGAAACGUUACUAAACGACUACUUACAGCUCAUUGUUAGCAAAUCUGAAGAAUGGUUCAAGAACUUAGGGGAGGCAGAGACCAAAAUCUUCAUUGAAAGAAAAACCCCUCCUCAUACCGACUCUGAAGGACUCUUGUUCUUAGACGGUACCAAGACAUGCUUUCAGAUGUUUUCUCAACAGGUGGAAGUUGCGGCAGGCUCGGGCCAGGCCAAAAUUCUCGUAGGCGUUGUGGAGAAACUGUGUCAGCUUUUAGGAGCACGACAAAGAACAUGGAUGACUAUAGUAUCCGCAGAGGUCAACAAAUGUAUCGAAUACAACCACAAACUCGAAAGUGCUGAAGAUGGCGUCUUACCUGAAGACGAGAGUAUUGGUGGUCUUGUGGAAUAUCUGAUUUCCCUAGCUAACGAUCAGAUGCGGGCUGCAGAUUACGCCGUGGCAAUUUCGCAAAAAUACGGUGCCAUGGUCACUAAGGUCCACGAAAAGGCGAUUUCUAACAAUAUUGAACAUACUCUGGACGGCUUUGCGGAGGUGGCAAAAUGUAGCAGCACGGGCCUCAUAAAGCUGAUCUUUGACGAUUUACGGAAACCGUACACUCAAAUUUUCGGGAAGCAUUGGUAUACCGGCAGUCAAGCACAGCAAAUUGCAGACACAAUAUAUGAAUAUUUGAGCGACAUACGAGGACAAAUGAACCCCUUUGUUUAUUCGACUUUGGUUGAAAGUGUGGUCGAGGAGACAAUACUGAAAUUCGUAGAGUGCCUCAAGUAUGAGCAUUCUUUCAAAAACAAGAACAACAAGUUUUUGGAGUGUAUGAAACGCGAUUUCGAAGUUUUCUACAAACUGUUCGUGCAAUUCAUGCCCGAGGAAGAAAAGGAAAUUAUAGACGACAAAUUCAAGCUGAUGGAGUUUUUCAUGGAUUUUGCGUGUGGACCCGUCGGUGGGAUCAUCGAGGUAUGGACGCAAUGCAUCGAGGUGUACUGGGACUGUCCCGUGUCGUUGCUGUCGGCCAUCUUACGCUGCAGGAAGGAUGUAGACUCGUCGACGCUCAAGCAUACAUCGGCCUCGGCACAGCGUCUUGCUUCCAGCCCACAAAGAAUGAACCAGCUCAGGACACAAGACCUGCAGGCGACGUUUAUCAGUCGUUUCGGAGUAUCGUGA